UAAGUUAAAAAGAACCAUUUUCACUUUCGAUUCUGAGAAAACUGUUACGCUAAAGAAAAACUUUUUUCCAAGAGAAUAAAUAGACGCACACACUGUGUGUUCUCAUAUUAAUUGCACUGAGGUAUUAAGGAUGCCUUCAAGAAGAAGACCAACUUUCAACUGGAUUGUGAAAGAAACAGAGAAGUUCCUUGACUAUCUGGAUGCAAACAAUUACCCAGAUCUCAUCAAAAGGGAUGAUUUUCGGACCAUUUAUAAUACUGGGUUUGUUCAGGCCCGUAAAGCAGAGGUUAGGGAGUAUGUCUCAGUUGCAUUCCGAGAUAUCGUUAAAGAGCUGAGAGAUACAAACUCAAUCCAUGAGCUUGGUGACUAUUUCUCCUUUGGCAAUGAUGUCCAGGUAUUGUAUGAAGAUCUUGCAGUCUCAAAAGAGUUCAAAGAAACCUUGGAGAAGUGGAAGGCAGUCUCUAAGGACAAUCCAUAUUUCUGUGAGGUUUGUGGAGUGGACUGUGGCUCUGAAAAAAGUUACGAACAACAUGUCAUGGGCAAUCGUCAUAGAAUUCACAAAUUACAUCUGCAGAUCUACAGUAAUCGAGAUCAGCGUAAUUUUUGUCCUGAUGAUAUAUUAAUUGUAUCGGACCCUCAACCAAAUGCCGCUGGUAUGAUUGAGAAGGACUGUAAGCCAGGGCAGGGCCUUGCUAUGUCUGUAACGAUCCGUAACUUGAGUGCUCAGUACACACUGGUGUUUGAACGACACUUAUUUCUGUGGGAUACUGGGAUGUUUAGGUUACUGAAGAAAGAUAGCAAGGAAAUUAAAUUGAGGCAUCACAUACAACCAGAGCAAAGUUUUGAAAUGCGUGUGCAGUGCAAAGCCCCAAAUGACUUUGGACACCAUUUUGCUCCGCUUGCAUUUUACUUUGGCUGGAAAGAUGAGAGAGGACAAGCAGUCAGUGCCAGUGAGCAGCAAGGACCAGUGACAAGAUUUGUUGCUUUACAUGUUCUUGGUGAUCUACAUGAUGAUUUAGCCCCAGUAGCUCCCUUCAAGUACCCAGACCAGAUCCCUGAGGAGCUUGUGGAACAAACAGUGCCAGGGGUCCCACUUCCUGUGUCAACCAAAAAUGUCUUGCCCUCAACAACAAAGUUAGUGCCAUGCCGGGUACCAGUAUAUCUGAAAGCUCAAGUAAAACGGGGACUUACUGGGAAUAUGCAGAUAAUAAGUGAAAAACUUAGGAAUGUGUUGGACUGUGAUUUAACUGCACAGAACUACAAGAAUAAGUUUGAUACCUUGUUGUGGAUUGAGGAGCUUCAAAUGGUAGAAGAUAUAAAAAGAUAUGACAUGUUGAAUGUUACACUUGAGCAGGAGAGAGGGACACGUCUGCUGAUACUUCAGGUUCCAGGGCUAAUGGAAAGGAGACCAUCAGUAUUGAAAGGUGAUAGGGUGUACCUGUAUGCUGAUGGAAACGGGACUAUCCAGUACGAAGCAUUUGUGCACAGAGUGGAACUCAACAAUAUUUAUCUGGGAGUUGGACAAAGAUUUCCAUGGGUUCAGGGGAUGAGAUAUGAUGCUAGGUUUGAUUUUACCAAAUUCAAUUUGUGGGUGCAGCAUCGAGCAUUAAACAGUGUCAUAGUUGCAGAAUCUAUUCUGUUUCCAUCAUCACAAUCAAGAUUCCCUGUCAGGACAGAAAAUGUUGACAUGAAACCGUGGUUUGAUAAAAAACUAAAUCCUGAACAACAGACAGCAGUUACUAACAUUGUGCGGGGUACCAGCCGACCUGGGCCAUACCUGAUCUUUGGACCACCAGGAACUGGCAAGACUGUAACAGUUACAGAAGCCAUCAGACAGGUGUAUCAUUGCCAGCCAGAUGCAAGAAUCCUUGUAUGUUGCCCAGAGAACACUGCGGCUGAUUUUGUCAUGAAAAAGCUGAUUAACCCUAACCAGCCAGGCACUGUGGAUUUGUCAAGCAUUUUCCGGAUGUAUGCUGUAUCUAGACCAUACAUUAGUGUACCUAGUUACAUCAAGGAAUCCGGGAGAUUGAAUUAUGAUUCAGGAGAGAGGGAGUUUUAUUACCCAGCCAAGACUGAGUUGAAUAAACACAAAAUUCUUAUAGUGACCCUCAGUACAGCAGGAAGAUUGGUGUCAGCUGGAUUUACAAGAAAUUAUUUCACUCAUAUUUUCAUUGACGAAGGAGCUCAUGCUGUUGAGCCAGAGUGUAUUGUUCCUAUAACAGGGUUGUUAGAUUCACGCACGCAGCAAUGUGGUCAGCUGGUCAUUGCAGGGGACCCCAAACAGUUGGGACCAAUUCUUAGAUCUCCAUUUUCAUUAAAUUAUGGUCUGGAUAAGUCCAUAUUGGAGCGUCUCAUGACAGACAUACCAGAAUACAAGAGAGCCGAGAUGUCUGGGUAUGAUGCACACUACCUGACCAAACUCGUGAGAAACUAUCGCUCCCAUGAUGCAAUUCUAAAGGUUCCUCGGGAAUUGUUCUACGACGGAGAGCUGCAGCCUUGUGGAGACACCAUGAUCCUGAACAGUAUGGUUAAUUGGGAGCACUUGCCAAAUAAAAAGUUUCCAGUCAUAUUUCACUCGGUGUUUGGAAAAGAUGAAAGGGAAGAAUCUAGUCCAUCCUUCUUCAACAGAGAUGAGAUUUCACAGGUUCAGAAAUAUCUGGACAUGUUGCUGAAAGAGAAAAAAGGUGGCCAGAAGAUUAAACCUUCAGACAUUGGCAUUAUAUCUCCAUACAGGAAACAGGUUGAAAAGAUACGCAAGAUGGUAGAGAAAAAGCAUUAUGGGAAGAGAAAUGAGAUCAUGGUAGGGUCAGUGGAAGAAUUCCAAGGUCAAGAGUUCAAGGUCAUCAUCAUUUCAACUGUGAGGAGCAAUGAGAAUUUUGUGGACAUUGAUUUGAAAUAUCAUCUCGGAUUUGUGCGAAAUCCAAAGCGCUUCAAUGUUGCUCUCACAAGAGCCAGAGCACUUCUCAUUGUGAUAGGUGAUCCUCUCGUACUGGAGAAAGAUCCUAACUGGAAGAGAUUCAUAGACUACUGUGAUGCUAAUCGAGGAUUCAAGGGCCAGCAUGGCUUUUCAGGAAGUCCAGGUAGCAGCAACAGGAGAGGUAACUCUGGAAAUCCUGGUAAUGGAGAUGAUUCAGGAAAUCCUGGUAGUGCUGGUGAAGCUGAAGUUACCAACGAAGAGAUCUACAAUCGUAUGGCCAGUAUGACAUUACAGGCAGAAGAUCCGGAGUGGGAGACAAGGAAUUAACACAUAUACAGCUUGCAAUAAUGUUUACCAGUAAUGUCUUAAUAACAGUUUGAAAAAAGAAAUAACAUUUCUUUUUGUUGUUGGUGAUGUUGUUGUUGUUACAGCGCAUAAAUUUGUUUUCAUAUUUUUUGUUGCAUUUUUUAGGAUUUUUUCUCUGAAAUCAAAGUGAUUAGUAUUACUUCGUGCAAUUCAUGUGUUUUUAAUUUUACUGUCAUGCUAAUGUUUUUGGCCAUUGUUAAGACUAAUUUUAGUUUAGCUAUUUGUACACAAUUUGUACGCGUUUAUGAUUUUAGUUUUGUUGAGUUAGAAUUCCAGUUGUUGUGAUGCUUGUGUGAUUUAUUAUCCCCCGCCAAUGAAAUCGGGAGGGGGGUAUUGAAAUGGCGUUGUCCGUCCGUCAGUCCGUCCGUCCGUCCGUCCAUCCGCAGUCAUUUCUCAGUAACUACUUGGUAGAAUUUCAUGAAACUUGAAAUAAACAUGAACCAACAUACUGCGAUGAUGCCCGUCAAGUUUUUUUUUUGAUUGGUCAAUUUCCCUCAGAGUAAUUGCCCUUGAUUUAAUAAAAAAUGUCUGUCUUCAGCCAUUUCUCAGUAACUAACAGGUAGAAUUUCAUCAAAUUUGAAAUAGACAUGAACCAAGAUACUGCGCUGAUGCCCGUCCAGUUUUUCUUUUGAUAGGUCAAUUUCCGUCAGAGUUAUUGCCCUUGAUUUAAUGAAAAAUGUCCGUCUGCAGCCAUUUCUCAGUAACUUGCAGGUAGAAUUUCAUCAAACUUGAUAUAGACAUGAACCAAGAUACUGCGACGAUGCCCUUCAAGUUUUUUUUGCGAUUGGUCAAUUUUCCAUUUAGUUAUUGCCCUUUAAUUGUUUAAAAAUCCACAGACCCGUCAAGUUUUUCUUUUGAUAGGUCAAUUUCCGUCAGAGUUAUUGCCCUUGAUUUAAUGAAAAAUGUCCGUCUGCAGCCAUUUCUCAGUAACUUGCAGGUAGAAUUUCAUCAAACUUGAUACAGACAUGAACCAAGAUACUGCGACGAUGCCCUUCAAGUUUUUUUUGAUUGGUCAAUUUUCCAUUUAGUUAUUGCCCUUUAAUUGUUUAAAAAUCCACAGAUCUGUACAUAACAAACCAACCAAUUGGAAGAAUUUCAUUAAACUUCUUCCAUUCUUUCCAUGCACAUUUAUUAUAAACAUGUGAUGUUGUGUACCUACACCUGGUCACCACCUUACAUUGGUCACCCCCCUCCCUCUCACCCCCCCGCCCAUUUUUUUUUUUUUUUUUUUUUUUUUUUUUUUCAUUUUUCGUUUUCUACCAAUAUUUAUAAUCAACAUGUAAACUGUUGUAUCCUCCCCCCCCCCCCCCCCCACCCAAACAAACCAUUCAUUUUCUUUUAAUUUGAUUUGACUAAUGCAAUUAUUUGCUUCUUGGUAACAUUCUUAACUUUUUGCAGGAUAUAUUUUUUUGCCGUUCCUCAACUCUGACCCUUUCGGCGGGGGAUUCCAAUUCAUCGAAUUUGCUUGUUUAUUCUAAUAUGGCAAAAAUGAAAUUCAUUAAGUUAUAUAUAGUGUCAAAAGAUUAUGCCUGUCUUCUUGGGUUUGUAAAAACUGCAUGUAAUUUAUCAUCAUUUAUCUAAGCAUUGAGCUAUUAUCAUUAAAAAAAAUAAAUAAGGAGAGCAGCUAUCCAGUGGAGAACAUGUAAGCCUCCAAGUGUAGAAUAUUUGGGUCCAAACGCUUUUUGAAACAGACCAUGCAGUGCCUUGUCAACAGACACCUUGGUUCAAGGUUAUGUUUGGAGACCAGUCUCAAAACUCUAACAUCUGGUUGGCUGAUUCUGUGGACAAUCUCCAAAUUGACCGGUGGUAAGCUUUCAUUCAGAGACUGGUCUCAAGACUGUUCUAUAAUCUUGGAUACAGGCUCUGAACUUGGAGACUAGUCUCAAAACUCAAUCAUCUGAUUGGUGGUUUUUGAACAAAACCAAUGGCAAGACUGGUCUCCAACCUUAGAGCCAACAUACUGGCUUUUCUUUGGCGAACUGGAGCAUUUUUUAAAAAAAUGCUUAAAGUGUAAUUGAGGACUAAUUUUACGGGAUUUCAAGAUUGCUAUAUUUUCAUAGGAGCUCAUGUUACUACAAUUCAUGAAAUCAGAUCCUAAAGAAAAUAUAAAAUUGCUACUUACAAGAUUGAAAUCUUUGUUUUGAUUUUGGGAUUAAAAUUGCAGUGACUUUGAACCUGAGGGUAUGAAAAUUAACAGGCCUGAGGACAUAUUGAUUGAAAAGUGGUGAACUCUGUUGAUUUUGUAGGUUAUUAGGGAAUUUGAGACUGAAAACAGAAAAACAGAGUAUCAAUAAUGUAAGAACAUUUUGGCCCACAUACAACUAGCGGUAAUCUUGAAACUGAAGACAGAUUUCCACAAAUCUAUGUUGUUGUUGGAUUUAACAUCGCAGCGACACAUGAUAGGUCAUAUGGUGACUUCCCAGCUUUAAUGGUGGAGGAAGACUCCAGGUGCCCCUCCGUGCAUUAUGUCAUCACGAGCGGGCACCUGGGUAGAACCACCGACCUUCCGUAAGCCAGCUGGAUGGCUUCCUCACAUGAAGAAUUCAUCGCCACGAUUGAGGCUCAAACCCACAUCGAUGAGGGGCAAGUGAUUUGAAGUCAGGGACCUUAACCACCCGGCCACAGAGGCCCCUAAGAUGCUUCAUAAUUCAACAUGGUCAUUUAGAUACUCCUUAUAACUUACUGAUACAAAUUGUUUGUUUUCAAUUUUUAUUAACAUUUACUAACAAGUGAAAGAACUCGUCAUUCCAAAAAUGGGACUUGUCCCUUUAAUGAUUAUGUGAAAGUAUUCCUGUAUGUAUCUUUAUAUUACGGCAUUCAGUCAGAAGAUGUGUUCAGUAUUUCUUAACCGCAUUUGCCAAAUUUAUUUACGAAAGUGUGAGAAAUCAAUGUUAUGGCUUUGCCAACAGUUUGGAUCAGCCUGCAUAUCUGUGCAGUGUGAUCUGGAUCCAUAUUGUUCACUUAAUAUCAGUUGGGUACAAAUGCAGAAACUGAUAAAUGAAAUAGUAAGGGUGUGCACUGAUCUGGAUCCGUGCUGGUCGCAAAGCUGUAACAUUCGUUUUCACACAGCGGUGCUCAAAUAUUGACUUCUCAGGAAGAAAAAAUAUUGGCAAUAAACAUUGAUGUUUCAGUGUUGUAACAAUAUUAUGAAUUAUAUUUUUAUAUAAAACUUUAUCCUUUGGAUCAUUCCAUAUGAAUACAAUAUAUUGUUAAGGAAAUGUAAACAGUGUAUUUUAUAUUUCUAAAAGUUUGAUUGCAGUUCCAUUUUACUCCAUAAAAUAAAAAAGUUUAAGGGAUUAAAUUUUGUGCAUUUUGUGGUUCUAUCAGUCUACAAUAUUAAAUCCCACCAAACCAUUCCUCAUUCAUUUUUUACAUGCUAACGGAAUUAAAAUGAAAUUAAAGUAUAUUGUUCAUUUCAUGUAUUUUUGUUGGUAACUAACUACACGUAUUUGUAUCUUAAUUGUAUGAUGGGUUUUACAUGCGUACAUUCUAAAAAUAUCAUAGUUGCUCUUGAGAUGCCAUGUCUACUCCAAAUUCUAGCAGUUGGUUUUUUUCUGACACAGUGUGUAUGUUAAUUAUUGUUCCCACAUGUUAUGACAUUAUGUUUUGUUUUGGGUUUUUUUUUUUCAGUUUUCUUGGGUUUCACAUUGCUGCUUUUCUUGUUUACUUUACAAAAUUUGUUAUUUUUUAUUUUACAAAUGUUAUAUUUAUGCAUUUUCAUUUCAUUCCAUUGUUGGGACCAAGUCCAUCUUACUUUCAUAUUAUUGUUGGUUUUUAAGAGACAGUGUUUACUGUUUUAAUAACUAUUUAGGAAUGAUGAACUUUGCAUUUGUGACACAGAUAGCUGAAACAUUUUUAGUAGCCCAUUGAGUGUAACUGUUUUGCAGACGCAAUUUGAUAAUUGGAAACUUUUGUCAAAGAUCAAUUCCAUUUUUCAAAACCUAGGUUACAUGUUCAAUAAACAAGAUUUCAAGAUUUUAUUCAUAACACUCGGUUUGUACUUUGGUACAAAUACAAGAGCAACAAUGUCAUAUAUAUAAAUAAUCCAUUCUAACAUAGCAAUCGAUAAUACAUGGCAUACAAAGUCAGAGGACAACAAUAUAUUAUACAUACUUAUCACUUUGGAAAAAGAAAUAAAAAAAAUAAAAAUCAAUCUUCCUAAAUAACAACUUUACAAAAUGCCAUAUAUAAAGAAAUAUUUAACUGGGAUUCGCACUUAAAAUCAUGCGUCAUUGAUAUGUAAAUUAGUCCAGUUUGAUUGACAGCACCAGAGUCAGGUUUUGUGCAACUGAUGAUGUUGUUCCAUCAUGAGUUUACUGAAAUUGAUCUGUUCUUAAAGGUCACUGAUUGGUUUAAUUUUUUGUGGCAUGCUUCGGAGUAUCAUUUGUUUGGAAGAUAUGACCAUUUUGACUUUCAUUUAAGAGUUUUUUUAAAAUAUCUUAUACAAAAGGGACCAUGGACAGUCAUAGGUAUAUAUUACGAAAAGCAAAACGUUUUUGCUUGAAACUGCGGCAGCAGCUUUUUAUUUGUUAUGAAUAUAAAUAUAGUUUGAUGAGAUGCAGAAACCUUGAAUUUUAAAAAUUCACUUUGGGGGCACUUUACAUGAAUUUUAUUUAGAGAUUUAUUUUGAAACUGUUGUACACCUAUAUCUGAAAGGGUAAAAAUUUCUUAAAUGGUUUUAAUUAACAUAUCAUAUACAUGUAAAAUGCAUUUUCCCUUCUUAUGUAUAUUCUGAUAUAAUAGUUUUAAGAUCAAUCAUAAUUUUACCCCCGCCAAACAUUGGAUGUUUGUGGGGGUGCUAUAUAGGAGUCAGUUUUGUUGCGUCACAUCCUGUUGCGUACCAAAAUCUAUAUCUCAGUUAUUACUAAAUGGAUUUGAUUCAAAUAGAAGUUCCACCUUAUCACCCACAUUAUUUGACACAAGGUGCAUAACUCUGACACCAAUUUUUCAUGAAUUAUGCCCCCUUUUACUUAGAAUUUAUGGUUAAUUUUGAUGCAUUUUCACUAUAUCUCACUUAUUACGAAAUGCAUUUGUUUCAAACUUGAGGUAGUUGUUCCACAUCAUAUUACACAAGGUGCAUAACUCUUGCACCAAUAUUUCCUGAAUUAUUCCCCCUUUUUGCUUAGAAUUAUAUUUGUAUAGUGUUUUGAUACACUUUAUCUGUACCUCUCUAAUUUGAUAUUUUUUAACAGACUCAAGAUUUUGUGCAAUAUUCAUCCACCAUUGGAGUCAUUAAACACUCCAGUGACAGUUUUUGACAGAUUUAAAUGUUUUUGGUACACAGGUGUGACAUCAUAAAAUACAGGUAAAAUUGGACUUUGUCGACAAACCACCAGUUUUAUAUGUAGUUGUGGCCCCUUUCCAACUUAAAAUUUGUCAAACUCAUGGUUGCCAGACAAUAACUCAAGAAAGGCUCGACAGAUUUAGAUAAAUUUUGAUACACAGGUGUAACAUCAUAAAAUACAGGUCAAGUUCGAUUUAAAUUGCACCUUCUUGUGGCCAUGUCUUUCUUAUGGUUGCCAUUCUUCUGUGACAAGACCGUAUUGUGGGGGUAUGGUUGCCAUUCUUCUGUGACAAGACCGUAUUAUGGGGGUAUUCAUCACUCCUGUGACAGUUCUAGUUUGAUUAUAAAAUAUUUUUUAAUUAAAUUGUCAAAUAAUGAGAUUUACUCCAUGUCAUGUUAUGUCUUGUGAUUUUAACGUGUCCGAAACAUUACGGAAUGAUACCAUUUUCUCGGGACUUUAUCAUAGACUCCCUGUGUAAAAUCUCACAACCUUGAAUUGAAACCAAAGUAUUAAAUCCAUGUAAUAUUUAAAUGAAAUUUUAUAGUUUUGUAUUUUGUAUUGUCCUUUAGGGCAUGUGUACUUGAUCAACUAAAUUUGACUUCUGACUUAGUGUAAAAUCAAUUUCUAAAGUCACAAUAAUUAUGUUCUUUGUGAAAAGGCUUCAUUUUUAUCCAAGCGGAAACGGUCAGGUACUUCUAAAUGCAGCUGUCUGAUUGGUCAGUUAGAAUUUCUGUCAUGUUAAAAUAGUGUCAGUAGUGAUACACAAAUAAAAUUUUCACUUUCUUGUACAAUAUUCUCCAUUGAGUGCCAGCUUUAAACUGUCUUUCAUAUGAGGUUUUAUAAGCAUAGACAAGUGCCAUACUCUGUUAUUGUUUCUCGUUCCAUUUGAAAUAAAUGAUUAUUGAACUAUA